AGGGCUUAGUUUUGCAUGUUCCCAUCCAUCCUGCACGACGCGAAAGGGGCCCCCUUAUCCACCUCUCCUGUGUACGAGGAACACCUCCACUGGUGAUCAGCCUUUGCCUUCGUGUGUUUGUCUUGCGGAGAAGCAGCAGCAGCAGCAGCAGCAGCAGCACCACCACCACCACCACCACCACCAGCAGCAGCAGCAGCAGCACCUUUUUCCAGGAGUGGGGCUUGCUUUUUUUUUUUAAUUCAACGAGAAGUCCUGAAGGUUUUGGAUGCGGGCGCUUCAGGGAUGUGGGCACUUUGAGAGCAGCAGCAUCACCCACAAACACAAACAACUGCCAUCGAUUUUUCUCUGAAUAGCACAGAAAGACAAGAAAAAAAAAGAGAAAAGAAACAGAGGAACAAUAGCAAGACAAAAAAAAAAAUCUCGUCUAUUGAACAAUUCACUUUUGCAGUUUGUGGAUACCGCUCUAACUAAGUACAGCACUUUGAGAAUUGCUCACAUCGGACGGACUGAAGAGGGAGGCAAGACCUGUGGACCGGGAUUUUUCCCUCGCAAGUCUUAUCCCGCGAAGAUAAAACCCUGAAGGAUAACACGCUUGGACGUUUAUUUCCCCUAAUUUCACAGGAGGCUCUUCUCUCUCUUUUUUUCCCCCCUUCUUCUUCUUCUUCUUUUCACGCAAAUUGUCCUAAAUGUUUGGGAUUCAGGAAACUAUACCGCGGGGUGGGACGACGAUGAAGGAGGAACCGCUGGGUGGACUGAACUCGGUCCGCUCCUGGAUGCACACAGCUGGGGUGGUGGAUGCAAACACAGCCGCCCAAAGCGGUGUCGGCUUGGCACGGGCACAUUAUGAAAAGCAGCCCCCUUCCAACCUCAGAAAAUCCAAUUUUUUCCAUUUCGUCCUGGCGCUGUAUGACAGACAGGGUCAGCCCGUGGAGAUCGAAAGAACAGCUUUUGUGGACUUUGUGGAGAAAGAAAAAGAACCAACCAGUGAAAAAACUAACAAUGGAAUACAUUACAAACUACAGUUAUUGUACAGCAACGGCGUCAGAACAGAACAGGAUCUUUACAUACGAUUAAUCGAUUCCAUGACGAAGCAGGCCAUAGUUUAUGAGGGUCAGGACAAGAAUCCAGAAAUGUGCAGAGUUCUUCUCACUCAUGAAAUCAUGUGCAGCCGAUGCUGCGAUAAGAAAAGCUGUGGAAACAGGAACGAGACCCCGUCAGACCCCGUCAUCAUUGACAGAUUCUUCCUAAAGUUCUUUCUCAAGUGCAAUCAGAACUGUCUGAAAAAUGCAGGGAAUCCACGAGACAUGCGCAGAUUCCAGGUUGUCGUAUCGACGACCGUCAACGUGGACGGCCAUGUCUUGGCCGUUUCCGACAACAUGUUCGUACACAACAAUUCCAAGCAUGGGCGAAGGGCUCGCAGACUCGACCCUUCAGAAGGUACGCCUCCUUAUCUGGAAAAUGCAGCCACCCCAUGCAUCAAGGCUAUCAGCCCCAGUGAGGGAUGGACCACUGGAGGAGCCACUGUCAUCAUCAUCGGGGACAACUUUUUCGAUGGUCUUCAAGUCGUGUUUGGCACUAUGCUUGUAUGGAGUGAGCUGAUAACUCCCCACGCCAUCCGUGUUCAGACUCCCCCUCGGCACAUCCCCGGCGUUGUGGAAGUCACGCUGUCCUACAAGUCCAAGCAGUUCUGCAAAGGUGCCCCUGGGAGAUUUGUCUAUACUGCUCUCAAUGAGCCCACCAUCGACUACGGUUUCCAGAGGCUGCAGAAGGUCAUCCCCAGACACCCUGGCGAUCCUGAGAGAUUACCAAAGGAGGUGUUACUGAAGAGAGCGGCUGAUCUCGUCGAAGCCCUGUACGGGAUGCCCCACAAUAAUCAGGAGAUCAUUCUGAAGAGGGCAGCUGACAUCGCAGAAGCCCUAUACAGCGUUCCCCGCAACCACAACCAGAUUCCCUCUCUCGCCAACACAGCCUCCCACGGCAUGAUGGGAGUCAACUCCUUCAGCAGCCAGCUAGCAGUCAACGUGUCAGAGUCACAAGGGAAUGACCAAGUUGGCUACAGCCGGAACACCAGCAGCGUGUCCCCCAGGGGCUACAUCUCCAGCAGCACCCCACAGCAGUCGAGCUACAACACAGUCAGCAACAGCAUGAACGGCUACGGCAAUGCCGGCAUGAACCUGGGUGUGCCAAGCUCCCCGGGGUUCCUCAACGGAUCCUCUGCCAACUCCCCAUAUGGAAUUAAACAAAAGAGCGCCUUCGCCCCUGUGGUCCGACCCCAGGCCUCCCCACCCCCCUCCUGCACCAGCGCCAACGGCAACGGACUGCAAGGUGAGCCCCCCUCACCCCCUCAUCCCUUCCCUACGGACUACUGGUCAGAUACCGCUGCUCAGGCCUCUGUCCGGUUUGCCAUGUCCGGCCUGGUUGUCCCUCCAAUGUAAAUGCACUUUUGUCAUCUCGAGCACCAGUCGACACACUACCACUUCACAGGACACUCCCCCUUGUCCCUGUACCCCUCUUCUUCCCAAGCACACUGCAAAAUGCUGGUGUAAUGUAUAGUCAACUGCUCGUUCUGAAGAAAGAAAAAAAAAAAGAGAUUUUUUUCCCCCCCUUUUCAAUGACUUUCAGAACCUGCAGAAAAAAGGAUUUAACAAGAACAAUAUUAUUAUUUUUUUUUUUCUGUGGGAUUUUAUUUUUCUUUACCCUCCCUAACCCACAAUUUUAUCAACCUUUGAAGAGAAAAGGACGCGGGAUGAUGAAGGAUUUAUUUUGUAUACCUGUCGAGUUGAGCUUCAGCCUCGGACAGCCACUCUCAGUACUGGAAGGGACUCUGUGGACUCACCAUCUGGUUGUAAAGUAAAAACACUGAUGUACAGUCCAUUUGCCAACAAACUUGUUUGCCUCAGUUUUUUUUUCUUUCUUUUUUUUUUGUUUCAACUCUCUUUUAAUAGAUUCACAACAGUUGUGCGUCUUUAUAAUGUGACUUUUGUAUUUUUAUGUGUGAGAAAACUACACAGGGGCCAAGACAGUUUGAAUUUCAACUGGAAAAAUAUAUGAAAUAUAUAAUUUAGCAAAAACCGAUCAUAAAAGUACAAUAAAUAUGAAGUAAAAACAGGAUUUCUUUUUUGGGAGGGCCAGGGGGCGGGGGGGUGAUGGGUGGGUGAUGUUGUAUCAUGUUUCAUUCCUGCAUUUUAACUUAAAUUUUGUAAUUUAUUGUAGCUAGAAAUCAUCUUCAAAAGUGAAAAAAAAAAAAUAAUCCUCCGCGUCAACAAGCACACUGAUGUGUACAAAAACACUACUCUGUUGAUGAAUAUGAUGUACUUCCACGUCUAGAGCUUCCUUUUAAGCAAGUGUGUUUUGCCAUGUUUUUUCAACUUUUUUGCUAGCACUGUAUAUUAAUGCAUUCCUAGGCUACUGUGAAAUCUGUUUCUUGUUGAUGAGGAGCAGUCUCCUUUUGGCUCCAACUCCCUUAUGUGUUUUAUAUGUGGUUAAAAAAAUUGUAGACUAUUGUGAUAUUGCCAAACUUGUGCUAAAUAUUUAUACAUCUGUCUUUUUCAUGUUCUUUUAGAUCAACAAAAAAAUGUUUAAAAACAAAAAAAUUAAAACCCAUUGAGAAUGUAGGAAUAUAGUCGGUCAUUGUCAUUUUUCUGUUCAAAUACACACUUGCGCUCACUGAAGGAAAUUUUGUAACAUAUCAACUAUAAAUAAUGUAUUUAUCUCUGAAAUUUUGUAUAUUGCUUUUCAUUAUGUAUGUAUUAAUCGUCAUGCCCUUAAUAUAGUGAUGCAGCACAGAUAAUUCAGCCAAGAACUGUUGCCUUCAUUUGUUUUUCUUUUUUGUAUUUGAUGAAAUGCAAUGUGCAUAUAUUUCAUGUGUAUCCUCGAAACUUUUUGUGUUACACCGUCGAGACUCUCUGUCCAUUUUUUUUAAAAGGGAAGUCAAACUUCAUUGUUUAUUUUUAUAUUGAUUUUAAAUUAUCUAUACAGACCAUUUUGGAGAAAACUUUGUUGGUUGUAUUGUCAAAUAAAUUGUUUGUGACCCAUAUGAUAGUUGUUAAGAUCCAAUAGAGACUAAUGUGCAUGAGGGACAACCUUGGAGAUAAAAAAACACUCCAUUUGUGGUUGUAUUUUUUUCCUUUCCUGUUUUGUAGAAUGUAUAGAAGUCAUUUUUACUCACCACUUAAGACUCUGCCACAUAGCUUACAUGUGUUUACAGGGAAGAAAAUUUAAAAAUGUCAGCAUUUGGAAUGGAAACAGAAAUGACUAAGUGAUGUUUUAUUAAAAUUUUCAGUAAAAAAAACAUAAUAGCCCCUCAACUGUGGACUUCUUCAGUUUUAAGCCCAGUUUGGAUGGCAGAUAAACUGACAAUCAGGAACAAGGAAACAAACAAAUACAAAAAACAACAA